AAAUUGCAAACUUUAAUUGAUUGUCUCGGAAUUAAGAUCCCAGGGCAAUGAAAAAGUUAGACCUUUUUUUACGCCAUACUUGACAAAUAACAUGCAUUGUGGUUUAUAAUACGCAUUGAUUGGAGCGUGCCAAUUACGUAGUGGAAUGCACCGCGCCGGGAUGACCCCAAUAGCCCACGUUUACGAUCACCGCUUGCAUUCGACAAGUAACACUUACUCAGUCAAGUGUUGUCAAUUGUGUCAUUUUCAUCAACGAAAACAUAUUUUUUUAUAGCGCAACGCGUUGUAUGAUGGCAGAAGCUCUGGCUGACACGACCUCCGAUGGAGAAGAAACGAAUGCAGAUGUUGGCGAAGAAUAUCCGGGUCCAUCUUCAGCGACAGUUCCUAUGGCGUUCGUUAACAUCAAUGGACUCGAUUACGAGUUGAUGGGUGACAGCAUGAUGCUGCGCCUGUGGAGUUAUGCGACCAAAAGUAGCGCUAGACGACAAAAGGGGCUGUGCGUCAGCGGCUCCACUAUGAAGCAGCUGGCACGCAGGAUCCGAGAUGCUCCAGACCUCGGCCCUAGGAUCGUUCUUAUGAUUGGAACGAAUGAGUUCUUACGCUGGUCGGGAGAGCCGCCAAGUCUGAGCUUCUUGCAAGAGGAGUUUGGCUGUGUGUUGACGGCACUGCGGGAACAUCCUCGUGCGGGCUACGUUACACGCUGCAUCUUGCUGACGCUGCCAUCGUUACCCAAGUUCGGGUACAAACAUCCCGUCCGAAGAGUCUGGAAAGACUUCAACCUUUAUAUUCUUGAACUACAAGGGUGUUGGUUCUCAUGCAUAUCCUCUGCAUGAGGACACGAAUGUACGUCUUAUCGCAGUGAUAGCUGUGCCAUUCGAUGGCGGAAUUCCGAAGAAGUGUCCACCAUCUAUCCUGAGGCGCCCAGGGUAGGAGCGACGCCCUCCCAGGAAUAUAGCUUUUGGCGGGGUUGCGUGUAUUGAGUUCCAACCUUCGCCGGAUCGUCGGCGACGGUCGCGCAGAACGCGCGAAUGGUGAAGCGGCCGUGUGGCAUCGCUCGUGUGGCAACAAAUACAAUCUCUAUAGGAUGCAGGUUGAUUUAUAAAUUUUUGCUUGGCGCUAUACCAUAAAUUUAGUUCGCACAUUAUUGAACAAGCAAUUCGGUUUGACCUUCGCUAUUUACGUUAUAUAUGUGGAUUUCGAUCACCGCUGUGAGUAUUUUUCCAUGUAAAUUACUUCCUAUAUAUCCAUUAUAAGAGCCACAAUGUCAAACUUUUGGUCCAAAUAUUAUGAUAUACUCGAAGCUUCAAUAUCUUGACUAUAGUUAAGAUGGCCGAACGAUCAUGGCCGUAACUGACGUUAGCUAAAACGGGGGAAGUCAUGCUCGUUAAUUAAAGAGGUCGUAAACCUAAGAGUAAACGUAAUUUGCAACUUGUGACUGCUACUUCGCAUCAUGUACAGUAUAAAUGUUUCAUUUUUUUAAUUUCAUAUUUACAAGAACAAUAAAGGAAAGCAAAUUUUCGUUCAUUUUAUUAACUGCCGUGGCAGCACAGCCAAAUUACAGCCAGGUCUCUGACACUAUUAAUUAAAAGACGAAACUGUACCCAAACGAUGGUGUGGCCUUAACCCGAUGACCAACAUGCGUAAACUUACACCCUUUCUUUAGUUUAUG